AUGAUUUUUCAAUUUGCAUUUUCUUUCCAUACAUCAUAUUGCAUGAGACUUUUUAGAUAUUCACAAACAUCGUUAUCACUUGGACGUUCAUUUUUGAAAAGCUUAACAAAUUCACACCUUUGCCAAUCGUUAAUAUCGCUUGAUAAGCUAAAAACUUGGAGUCGAUUCUACAUUGAGGGCGAGCUAAACUAUCAGAAUGUCUUGGAUGUAGUUUCUGUUGAUCAAAAAGUUAUUACUAAUCCAAGACUCAAUUCUCGUCGACGAACUGUAUUUGUAGUCAGAAAGAACAAAGAACCAUUCGGUUUUACGAUACAGUCAUAUUUGCUCAAAAGUCUAGAUAACGAUGCACAUUUCAAAAUAUCUUAUGUCGAUUAUGUACAUUUUGAUAGCCCGGCAGCUGAAGCAGGAAUGCGCAUUGGUGAUGUAAUAAUUUCGAUAAAUGGCGAAUUAGUGCUUGAAAUGUCACAUUCAAAGUUGAUCAAAUUGAUCAAUUCAUGCGUCGAAAUGAGAAUGGUUGUUAUCUUUGAAAAUAUUAAGGAACAUAUCGAAUUAAGUGCUCGAGCUAUUCGAUUGAAAAAAUUGCUUAAUGACAAACUUUUCCAAUUGAAUUUGAUCGAUAUUGAAGAACAAAAAAUUUUGAAUCGUAAUUUUUUAUUUCCUUUAAUAAUUCUACAUUAG